CGAAAGCAGGUAUUCGCUCUCCGAGCCCACAGCACAAGCGCAAGUCCACGCCCCCACCACUCACUGUCGACAUGUCUGGACGCGGCAAGGGAGGAAAGGUGAAGGGGAAGUCAAAGUCCCGCUCCAGCCGUGCCGGCCUGCAGUUCCCCGUGGGCAGGAUCCACCGUCUCCUGAGGAAGGGCACCUACGCCGAGCGCGUGGGCGCCGGCGCCCCCGUGUACCUGGCGGCCGUCAUGGAGUACCUGGCCGCCGAGGUGCUCGAGCUGGCCGGCAACGCGGCCCGCGACAACAAGAAGACCCGCAUCAUCCCCCGCCACCUGCAGCUGGCCAUCCGCAACGACGAGGAGCUGAACAAGCUCCUCUCCGGCGUCACCAUUGCCCAGGGAGGUGUGCUGCCUAACAUCCAGGCGGUGCUCCUGCCCAAGAAGACCGAGAAGAAGUAAUCGCCCUCGGCCUUUCAGGGACGACAACAGUACCGUUUAAUCCGGCUCCCCUUGGGAGCCACACCCUUUUCCAAAAAGAGACUUCUGG